UCUGCUGAAGGUCACUUCCUAAAUUUAAGACAAUUAUUCCUUCGUUCUGCUUGCUCAGGAUAAGAAACUGAUGCAAAGUCAGUGACGUGAUGCAAUCAGCUGGACUUUAACGUUUUACUAAUUGGGAUGAUAUAAUCACCUAAACAUAAUUAGAUUAAUCUGGAAUAGAUGCGCCUUGAUUGACUGUUGUUCGAUUAACUGAACAGAAUUUGCACAUAAUUGAGUUCUAAUAGAAUAUGAAGUGUUGUCUUCUAAACAUUUGUUGUGAAUAAGCGCUGUAUAAAUAAACGGAGGUUUAACUGAAGUGAAUUAUUUCCCUAGUGGAUUUAGAUCAUAUUAUGGGGUGGCGCCGGUGACGGGUCACCAGCAGGGCAUCUGCCCACAAAACACAUUUAUUCGUUAGGCUGCAAAUUGUUUUAGUACCUUUUAUGUACAAACGUUAGUGUUAUUUAAACCUAUGAAAUAAUUAAGAUACAGCUUCUCUGAGCUGUAAAUGUUUGUGGGAAAUGGGCCAAUACGGAAAUAUCUGAAGAGACUUUGUUAGAGCACUCAGGUGUGUGUGUGUGUGUGUGUGUGUGUGUGUGUGUGUGUUCCGAUCACAGGAGCAUCUCCCAAUCGGAAUAUAAGUGCUUUGAUCUCCGCCCCUCAUGUGGGAAAUAAACUGGAACCCUUGUUGUCUCCUCUUUAUGAUAAAAAAGUCAAACAUAUGAACCGAAACCAACGGAAGCCUUUCGGAGACACAUGAAGGCCCAUUUUAUCAGCCUGUUGCUGAUCCUGCAGAAAUCAUUUCAUAUGCAGCCGCUGAACCAAUCAGAAGGCCCUGUGAAUCUGGGUGGACUACAUCACGGCCGGGUCAUCCAAUCCCAACAAAGACCCCCCUUCUCCCCACACACUACCCACCCCACCCUCCGGCUCUUCGUUUCCUCCUCUGAAAGUUUGGAUCGCAGCUGAUGAAGAUGCUGAGCAGAUGAUCACUUUUGAUGGUCUCCUUCAACGAGCUGGACAGAUCAGAGCGGUUCCGCGCUUAGCGCCGGACCUUACCAGGGCCCGAACACAGACUCUCUGUCGGAGCGGAACUUUUUCCCGCUUUCCUACAACAUUUGGGAUUUGUAUUGUUCCGGUUGAAUGAGAUGGGCUUUGAGUCCAGAAAGGAGGUGAAGCUGCUUUAGUUUAAGACCGGGUUGAGGAGACUGUCCGCCGCAGCCCCCGCACACCCCAUCCCCAGUGCCCCGGGUCUCCCUCAGAGGCGGUAAUGUUAGCGGUGGGUCAGAUGGACGGGUCCCGACAGAGCGCCUUCCUCCUUAGCACUCCACCUCUGGCAGCUCUGCACAGCAUGACCGAGAUGAAGACCCCCCUGUACCCGGCGUACCCCCUCUCCUCCACCUCUCCCGCCACCACGUCUCCUAAUCCAGGCGGCAUGGCCGUGUCUUCCCCCGGGAUCAAGAGUUCCACUGGGCUGUCAUCGGGCCUCGGCUCCCCGCAGCAUUGCUCCUCCGCCACCCCGCACGGAAUUAAUGAUAUCCUCAACCGGCCUGUCGUCUCCUCGGUCGGGACCACAGCGGUCGUAGCGGCGGCCGCAGCCGCGGCUUCCUCUUCUGCGGGGAUUCUGUCAGGUCUGCCCAGGUUCAGCAGCCUCAGUCCCCCACCUCCUCCCGGACUUUACUUCAGCCCCAGCGCGGCGGCUGUAGCCGUGGCCCGGUACCCGAAGCCGCUGGCAGAUCUCCCGGGGAGGACGCCGAUCUUCUGGCCGGGAGUCAUGCAGAGUCCGCACUGGAGAGAUGCCAGAUUCGCCUGUUCGCCCCAUCAGAACUCGGUGUUGCUGGACAAAGAUGGGAAAAGGAAGCACACACGGCCCACUUUCUCUGGACAGCAGAUCUUUGCGCUGGAAAAGACUUUUGAACAAACGAAAUAUUUGGCGGGGCCUGAGAGAGCGAGGCUGGCCUAUUCUCUGGGGAUGACUGAGAGUCAAGUGAAGGUGUGGUUCCAGAACAGAAGGACAAAGUGGAGGAAGAAGCAUGCAGCGGAGAUGGCCUCCGCGAAGAAGAAGCAGGACUCAGAGACGGAGCGGCUCAAAGGAACAUCGGACAACGAGGAGGAGGACGACGACUACAACAAACCUCUGGACCCGAACUCGGACGAUGAAAAGAUCACACAACUGCUGAAAAAACACAAACCAGGCUCUGCGCUGCUGAUGCACACGUCUGAAAACGACAGCUCUUAAUUCCGAUUUCAUUUUUGUUCCGCGGAGGGAUCUGGUGGGAUGAACUCAUGGAUUCGGUUCACUUUGCGAAUCUUUUUUUGCGAGGCAAGGGAGGACACUCGUUUCCUUUCCACAGAGAAGACUUUAGCUGUAAAUAGAGGCGUGAGUUGAAUAGAAAUUGCUAUUGAAUUAUUGCUGUGAAUAAUUUAUGUGUAGUUUUUUUUCCUUUGUUUUGUACAGAAACGCUGCUCCAAGAUCAAGAUAUUUUGAUCUGACAGCAGUUAUUUUUUUCUGUGUCCCUGAAUGCCCCCUGAUCUGUCAGAUAAAGCAGGAUGUGGUUGUGACUGCUGCUGCACCUGAGGUCCACACACACACACACACACACACACACACCUUGGUGAAACCUGUGAGGCUGUGAGAGCGGCCUGCAGCAGCUUCAUGUAAAGCACUUUUAUUUAAUAAAAACUAUAAAGUUG